AUGAGCAGAACUUCAUGUAAAUAUUAGUCUAAGUAAUCGAACCCAACUUUAGUGCUUUAACCCUCCACUCUCGGUUUUGUCGCCAAGCAGGAUAUGCCUCACCAUUUGAGCAUUCUCUUCAGAGCAAGACCACCACUUGAGUUUGCGCCUCACAACGAAAAAGGAAAAUGCAAGCCCUAUACUGGAUACUUUGACAAGCAUAGAGAUUACUUCGCUAUGUUUGAAGAUGGUGAGCCUCCUAAAAAACAGGAAAUCGAAAAGUUGGAGGUUAAAAAGGAGAGAAUUAAGAGAGAAAAACUAGUUAAUCAUUUGGUACAAUAGAAUCAAGAAUUAAAAUAAUGGAAUCCAUAUAAAGACCCAACAAUCAAAGGGGAUCCUUUCAAAACAAUAGUUGUCUCCAGAUUGUCCUAUAAAACUGAUGAAUCAACUCUCAGAAAAGAAUUUGAACCAUUUGGCAGAAUAAAAAGAAUAAGGAUUAUUGUUGAUCAGAAAAGUGUGGCUCUUGAACGAGGAAAUGGUAGAAAGGUGGAUGGAGCUAGAGUGGUUGUUGAUUAUGAAAGAGGUAGAACAAAAACUGAUUGGAUUCCCAGAAGGCUUGGAGGAGGAAAAGGCGAUAAAAGAAGAGAUAGGGAAACAGAGAGGUAAAUCAGAGAACUCAAAAAGACUCUUCCAUAAUUGAGAAGCAGAUCUAGAAGUUAAGACAAGAAUAAGAGUACCAAUACCAAUCAUAAUAGUGAUAAGCUCACCUUAAAGCAAGAGGAGACACCAUCUACUACCAAUGGCUAGAAUAUCAAAUCUGAACCAAUUGCUAGACAAGAUGAGGAGAAAAAGCAUAUAAAAGGAGAAAAUUAAGAUUUAAGCGUCCCUCCGUAAAGAAAGCACAGAUCAAGGUCAAGAGAAUCAAGAGAAAGACAUCAUCAUAGAGACAAUAGGAGUAAGGACCAAGAUCCAACACCAAGAAGAGAUGGUGAUAGAGACAGAGAGAGGGAGAGAGACAGAGAUAGAGAUCGAUCUGAUAAGAAAGACAAAAGAGAUAAAAAGAAGAAGGACAAAAAGGACAAAAAGACUGAUAAAGGAGACAAGAAAAAAAAGGAUAAAAAGGAAAAGAAGGAUAGAAAGGAUAAAGAGAAGGAAUCGAGCAAAGAUAGAGCUGAGAACGGAGGUCCUCAUGAUUAAGUCAAGCCAAAUGGAGCCGUUCCUAUCACUUCUUAGGGAGAUGUUAAAGCAGUGAAAAAGUCAUUUGAAGAGGCUGAGCCUGGUGAAAUCCAAGAAUGA